UUGUCCUCCUCAAGCUUCAAAUGAACAACAGGCUAAGCGUUCCUUGAAAUGAAUUAAAUAUUAAUAGACGGAAGGAGCAUUAUAGCUUCUUAUCCAUCACGGCCGACAUAAAUGGAGUCUCUUGGUUAAUAGGUUGUUGUCUCGCCGGGCUCGUCAGUCCUUCGUUGGACUUUGAGGCCGAAAACAGAGCGGAGUGACAGCCCUGUUAAAGCCAGCAGAUUGGUGUUUAUCUUCUAGUUGGCUAGCCACCUAGCUAGCUUCCUAGACAGCUAAGAGGGGAGGAAAACCCCGAAGGGACCACUUGAUACGCUCGGAAAGGAAGAGCUGCGGCUUUCCCUGUCCCGUCCAACCUGGAGAUGGCACAUCUUCAAGACAUGCAAAACCAGAAUACUCGGUUGGACCCCGAGGAGUACUUCACCAAGCAGGAGCGGAUUGGGAAGGGUUCCUUUGGGGAGGUCUACAAAGGAAUCAACAACCGCACAAAGGAGGUGGUGGCGAUUAAAAUUAUAGAUCUGGAAGAGGCAGAAGACGAGAUUGAAGACAUUCAACAGGAGAUCACAGUGCUGAGCCAGUGUGAUAGCCCUUUUGUUACCAAGUAUUAUGGGUCAUACCUGAAGGGGACCAAGCUGUGGAUUAUCAUGGAGUAUUUAGGUGGAGGAUCUGCUCUGGAUCUGCUCCGUCCAGGGCCUUGGGAAGAGACUUUUAUUGCUACUAUUUUGAGGGAAAUACUGAAGGGGCUGGAGUAUCUGCACUCAGAAAGGAAGAUCCACAGAGAUAUCAAAGCUGCCAAUGUGCUCUUGUCAGAGCAGGGCGAGGUGAAGCUGGCAGAUUUCGGGGUGGCCGGACAGCUGACAGAUACCCAGAUUAAGAGGAACACAUUCGUUGGCACACCUUUCUGGAUGGCUCCAGAGGUCAUCAAACAGUCCGCUUACGACUUCAAGGCUGAUAUCUGGUCCCUGGGAAUCACUGCCAUUGAGUUGGCGAAAGGGGAACCGCCCAACUCUGAUCUACACCCCAUGAGGGUCCUUUUCCUCAUCCCGAAAAACACACCGCCCACACUCGAGGGACCUUACAGCAAGCCCUUCAAAGACUUUGUGGAGGCGUGUCUAAAUAAAGACCCUCGUUUUAGACCAACAGCAAAAGAGCUCCUGAAGCACAAGUUCAUCACACGCUACACCAAGAAGACGGCCUACCUGACGGAGCUGAUUGACCGCUACCGCCGCUGGAAGUCGGAGGGACACGGGGAGGAAUCCAGUUCUGACGACUCAGAUAUGGAUGCUGAUGGAGAUGGGGAUACGUGUCCCACGUGGACCUUCCCGACAAUCAAACCUGGCUCUUUGACUCUGGGUCUGUGUCGACCUUAUUUAACUUGUUCAGAGUCAGGAGAUUUGGUGCAGAGGCAACCCAAAUCACAAUGCCUGUCUGCUUUGGUAACGCCUAUCUUCAGAGAGUUGAAGGAGAAGCGGCGGGCGAGUGGUGGGGGCGUAGGAGCCAUUGAGGAACUUGAAAACGCCUUCAACCUGGCCGAAGAGUCCUGUCCAGGGAUCUCCGACCGCCUUGUCACACACAUGAUGGAGAGAGUGUGCAGACCUUCCAAACGUCUCAGAUAAGGACCAGAGAAGACUUCCACCCACCCCUCGUAUCUUUGCACCUUUCCCAGUCCUGUCCCCCAAGAGAUCUUUUAAUUAGUUAUUACAUAUUUUUACAGUUUUUCUUUAAGAGCGAAGAGUAUUUAAAACAAAAAAGCCAUGACAUUUAGCGCGUUGUGUAUACCUGUUAGAUUGAGAAGAAUAAACCAUAAUAAAGUCUAUGGAAAAUGA